UUCAUUUGUAAAUAUGAAUGCGGAUGGACCUGUUGUCAACGUGCACGUGUUGUUUUUUGCUAAAUCCCGUGAAUUAGCGAACACUCCCCGGUCGAAAGUGGAUGUGCCCACUAAAAUUACUGCCUCCGAUUUGCUGGACCUACUGGUGUCCAGAUUUGGCCUGAUCUCCAUUCGGGAUAACUUGAUUUUGGCCCACAACGAGUCGUAUAUUGAUAACCUGAGUGACACAGUUCUGUUCAAGGAAGGUGACGAACUGGCCAUCAUACCGCCACUAAGUGGAGGCUAACAAUUUCGCCAUGGAUCACGUUAAAUUGGUAAACGACCCCAUAGACAUCGCCCAUAUCCACCAGUUGCUGGCCGAUGCAGGCUGUGGAGCCUCGUCCGUUUUCGUGGGCACUACGCGCGAUAAUUUUCAGGGGAAAAAGGUGGUGUCAUUGGCGUACGAGGCCUACGAUAGCAUGGCACUCAAGGAAAUGAAUAAAAUCUGUUUAGAUCUUCGAUCUAAGUGGCCCGAUCUAAAGCACAUAGUCAUAUAUCAUCGAUUGGGAACAGUGCCCGUUUGCGAAGCCAGUGUAGUCAUAGCCGCGUCGUCACCACACCGAUCGGAGGCCUUAGAAUCAGUAUCUUUUGCAAUAGACCAGCUAAAAACUAGGGUUCCCAUCUGGAAAAAGGAGAUUUACGAGGGCGAUCACGUCAGCGAAUGGAAGGAAAACAAGGAGUCCAUCAGGCCCAAGAGAUCGAAAAGUGCCUUCAAUUAUGCAGCUUGUCCCUGCAAAGUGGAGGAGUCACAUGACGUCCCACGAACUCUAGUGCAAAUUAGAGUUAAUGACGCUGAGUUAACCAAGCGUUUAGAAUGUUUUGUCAACAGAAAACGAGACGAAAUAAACUCACAAAAUGUAAUUGACUUCAAAUCGUCUUUUGUUAACUCAGACAUAGACUUGAGCGAUUCCUGCGCUCGAACGCAGAGCACAAUUAUCAAACAGGAGCAGUCAAAUUGCCAUUUAAAAGUUCGACGAGUAAACAAUCGCUGCGGACCUCAGCAAAUGGAAAUGCGACCCAACUACGAACUCGAAUUGAAUAAACUAAUGGGAUCGCGUGACGGCCAAACGGACCCGUUCAAAGAAAUGAGGAAAUCGCUACCCAAUUCGCGACUACAGGCAAUUGAAUCGUACAUGUGCCUAACCACCGACAACGAGGAAAACAUUUUCAGUAGAAUCAAAAAGGUGGAAAAUAGACUUCUGCAGCUGGAGUCCAUUUCCCCCGAGUACAGACACUUCACAAAACUUGAACCGUCUUCUAUGGAACUCCCGCCGCCGAAAAAGAUUCGAAAGAAAUCGUACUCGGUCCCAGAAUUAAGUGCGUUCAUUCAAAAGAUUAAGGAAGGCAGCGAAUUUGCCUAAUAAAACCUUUUGGCAAAAAAAUGGUUAUAA